AUGGAAUCUCGAUUUUCUUCGAGCUUUCAUAAUUUCAGAGAACAUAGACGCCGUUAUUCCGAAAGAUCCAUUCACGCUAUGCCCGAGUUUUCAUUCUCAUCGCACGGCCCUUUACCCAUAGCUUCAAGAAAUAGCAUGAACACUGCUCCUCCGCCACUUCCGCCACCUGUCAGAAUCCGUGAUUUGGAUAUGGGGUAUGACGCAGGCUGGCAGCACGCAAAUUCGCAACCAUCGACUUCUCUCCCACCUAUCAACCCGAACUCAAGUCUGCUUGGAAAUCACCGACGGUUGGAAGCAGCCUCCCAAGGAGAUCCAAUGCAAAUCGAUGAACUGGAAGGGAGGCAGAGCGGUGUGAUUUCGCGAAGCCCCGAAACUCAGAUCACGAUUGAACCGCCUCCACCUGCUACUGACGGAUUCCCAAAUUCAAUGGCUGUCAAUUCAAAUCCUACGGGUUCAAUUUUGAGUGGCGAGCGCGACUUUUCAUUGCGGAGCGUUAAAGAUUCAUCAAAUGCCUACGAUCAACAUCUCUUAUCAAAAAUCGGCAAACCACAAAUCGCGAAGCCAGUAUCACCAAGAGGGUCCAUCAGUCUGGGAACAGAAAACCGAAACUCACUAUCUGCUCUCACUGUUCCGUCACGAAGCAAUUUGCCAUCACCAGGGCCGUUGGAAGGAUCAACACUCGAUGUGAAGUGGUACAACAGCCCUCAGUCCGGAGGCGUUUCCCCUAGAACCAGGGUUGGUUGGAGAGAUUAUGGCGAACGCCGAAGCCCAAGCGUGGAGAGCAACACACCGUCAUCAGCACUCGAUUACGACCAGGGGUCUUUGCGGGAGGUCAACCGGCGUCGCUACCGUGGAACAACGCCUUCACGAGAGGACAGCAUCAGUCUCCCAAGUCGAUCGAAUCGUGGGAGCUAUGACCAGGGUGUGUUUUCAGAUAUUGAGGGCGAGUUCUCGACUGAUGAGCCGGCGCCACCGCGACAGUUCAUCCUUCGAGAACCCACUCCACCCUAUCAGGAGUCACAACAUGGUAUGAAGAGACGGGCAUCUUCGCCACCGCGCGAGCCGUUGAGCGAUGAUAGACACACUUUGCAUGUCGCUACGAGCAAUGGCGAUCUGUCGCAGAGAAGAUUGAGCGGCCAUCCGUUCACGAAUAGCUUAUCGGUCAACCCUAACUAUCCGAGAAGCCAGCGGACAUUAUCUGCCGCAUCAUCCCUCAGCAUUCGAACCUCUGGAUCUUAUUCAUCUACGCUGUCUAUUGGAGGAAGCAGUAUGACCAGUCUUUCUCCCUACGACCGGCUAUCCCCGGGGGGUCUUUCGCCAAGCUCCGAUCUCGACACCUUCCACGAAAAGUCGAUUCUCAAUCCCAGCUCUCCAGCUGCGGUGAUCCAGCCUGUACUUGCAAGACUGCCUGGCCCAGCAUCAUUGGAACCGCCUCCAACGGACGCCACAGGAAAAUUGUCUGUGCCGACGACCAUUUUGAACGUACCUAAGCCUGCAGUGCCAAAGAUUGGCGGACUGUUCAUCUGCGAUUGUUGUCCCAAGAAACCCAAGAAGUUUGACAACCAAGAUGAUUUACGUGCGCACGAGAUGGAAAAGCAAUACGCAUGCGCAUAUUGCAACAACCGCUUUAAGAACAAAAACGAAGCUGAACGACACCAGAACUCCCUCCACCUUAGACGUCAUUCCUGGUCCUGUGCCGCGCUGGUGAAUUACCAAGCCGCAUUCCACGCAUCAGGCGCCCAAACUUGCCAAACAAGCGCCGGGGCAUCACACGAUACGUGCGGUUACUGCGGCGAGGAAUUCCCCAAUUUCCCUCAGGCAGAUUGGGAUUGCCGGUUCGAACAUUUGACCACGGUGCACAAAUUCGGCGAGUGCAACAAUGCCAAGAAGUUCUUCCGCGCCGACCACUUCCGCCAGCAUCUCAAGCACAGCCAUGCUGGUACCAGCGGCAAGUGGACCAAUAUCCUCGAGAAUGCUUGUAUGAAGGAGGAGCAGCCGCCGGAACCUAUUGAUAGGAGUGGAAAUGGGAAUGGGUCGAAGUCAUUGACGUCAAAUGCUAUUUCUGAAGUCCUCAGUGAAGAAUGA